AUGUCACUUCAUCUCUGGGGUGCACCGUUCGACGCAGAAUCUAUUGCGACGGCGAAUUUUGUUGCUCAACAUUGCAAGAACAAUGAAAUUGAACUGCUAUACGACUCCAACUACUUUCUCUCGCCGAAUGGCAAAUUACCGGUCCUAUUAGAUGGAGAUAUUAUUUUGGAAGGUUACAAAGAGAUCGUCAACCAUCUGAUCAACAAACACAACCUAUUCGCUUAUUCGGUGGAGCAGAAGCUGCUAGACCAAGGCCUCAUAGAGCAUCUGCUCAGUAAGCUCGAGGUGGUCAGCUGCUACAACUACUUUCUUAAUAAAGACAAUUUCGAAGGCUACACUAGAGGAAUCUUCAAAAAUAUACUGCCCUUUCCGUUCCAAUAUAUCCCGCCCCUCAACCUCAAAGCUCGUGCUGCGGCCAUUUGCGAGACCGCAGGAAUAUCGUCAACAGAAGAGUCAAACCAACUACGUCAGCUCAAGGAGCGAGAAAAAACCUUGAAGGAAACUCCAACCUUGUCAAACUUUGAUCAAUCUCAAAGAAAUGCCUCUCUCAAAGUGGUUCUUGACCAGAUGGACAUUCUCACCAACAUGAGAUGCGUAUCACUAUUGGAAGAGACGAUCAAGUUGGUGAAGGAUCUUGGCCUACCUAAAUCGUACCCCUCGUCCAUUCUGUUUGAUGCAUACAUCCAGUGCAACACUGAUCCCAACUUGAAGACCGACUUUGUCCUCAAAUACCUGAAAUCCUCGCACCCAAAUCUCUUGCAGUCCCGUCAAGAUAUACAACCACAGCCUGUCUCUUUUAUCACCGCAGUCCAGUCCCUGGCUCGCAACUACCUCUGA